AAAGCUUGCAAUGGGUGGAGAAGAUGGUCUUGAUGAUAACGACGAUGAUGAUGAUGAUGAAAUAACAUAUAAAAAGCCAAAUAUUCAGUCAAGAUUACAAAGUGGUCUACAGAUAUGUUUUAUGAAUGAGUCACCAGGUGACACUGACAACGAAAGGCUGUCUCCAAGGCAACAUGAAAUCCAUGACAAUGUGAAACUCAUGAAGAAAGUCAGUAACCUUGUUGAUUCGGAUAAUAAUUUGAGUACUGUAACUGAUUUAAAUAACCCUACCCAACCAACAACGUCUAUACAGAGGUCAAGUCCACCAAGAUUAAAACCUGGUGAUAAAAAAGAAAAGAGUGAAGACUUUCAUUCCAGACAAGAGCAACUACAAAAUGAGGCUAAAAUGGCUCUUGCACAGGCCGGAUCUAUGGCACAUAUGCAAUUGGAAAUUGAGAAGCAGUUAAAGAAGAAAUCUCCAAUGGCUGAAAUGGUUGGUAUUCCCGGCCUUGGUGAGAAACAUAGGAAGAAACUUAGUUUAAGACAACUACAACAGAUGAAUUUGGCUUCCAUUCAAGUCUUGUAUAACGAUUUACAAACACAAAUUGAAAGUUUAAAUGAGGAACUCGUACAUCUGCUUAUGGAGAGAGACGAGUUACACAUGGCCCAGGAUUCAAUGCUGGUUGAUAUAGAAGAUUUAACAAGGAGAGCGGAAGAGUUAGCAGAGCGUGCCAAUCGAACUGGAGGGAAUAAAGGAAACAAGACAACUAGUGUUAAAGGAAAGCUCCCAGCAAGAUAGCAUAUUAUAUAACUAUUAAAUAUAAAAAAACUAACAUAGACUGUGUUAUAUAGAACAACACAAGACUGGACGGAAGUUGUCACAUGCAAAACCCAUGCAAAAGCAUUAUGACAGUUAUGAUGAGUAGACUUGCAAAUUAUACUAAAAGAACAUAUAGAAAUGUCAUUUGGAAGUAACAUAAAUGUAAAGAGUAUGUUGUGUUGUACAAGAAAGAGAUUUAAAAUUUAAAAAAAAGCAUAAAACAAUACAUAGACUAUGAAAUUUACAAUGUACAUGUUGAAGUGAUCAUAUGUAUGGAUAUACAUAUAUAGCUAAAUAAUUAUUAUAAUCUUGCAACUUACAAGUGAUUACGGAAAGAAAAGAUUGUUUAUGUUUAGCGGUUUUAAACCAGUUGAUAACUAGGUGUUGAGACAUUCCGUAAUUAAUGGAAUAAAGAUCUGUGUCAUGUGUCCUUUUUCUCUAACAAUAUAUAUGUACCGGUAAUGUCGUGUAAUGCCAUUUAGUUGACUUCUUGUAUGUUAAUUAGUGUUAACAUGUAUUCUUAAAAAAACAAAUAAUGCUUUUCUAUUGAUAAUGGUUUUUCCAUCUUGUAAAUGACUUUAAUUUGGAUUUUCUUUUGAUGGCUUUUAGUUUUAAUAUGAAUAUGGUAUUUUUUUAAAAGGAAAAGCUAACAAGCUAUACUAAGCAACCGUCACCUGGUAUCCGUCAACGAAGUGUUAACAUAAAUCUGGCUUGAGACUUAAUGAAGUGAAAAGCUUAUACUAAUUUGUGAUUGUAUAAUGUUUGGGUCUCAUAUCACAAUUUAAUUAACAAUGAGCAGAAAGCAAUUUCACUUUGUGGCUUGCAUUUAAUAAAUUAACUAAUAUUUACCAAAAUAAUUAAACUAAUUGUGUUUUUGUUAUCACUUUGAGACAUAUUCAUUUAAACUAAUCAUGUCAUAUUAUACAAGAGAUAGCUGCAACAACAAGUAUUUAAGGUUUUUCGACAAAAUUGUUAAAACAGGAUAAGCAUCAAUUUUUUUUAUUUUUUAUAUUCCGUUUAAAUUUCAAUAAAGGUAGUAUAUGAAGAAAGUUUUUAUUAAUUAAUGUGUAUUUCAUUGAUUCGUAUAUGAUAUACCUGUGUAAUAGUUCGUGCAAAUUUGAUUAUGAAAAAAACCUUGAAUGUUACAUUUACUUGUUUAUUAUUGUUAUUGUCGGGAGUCAAAAAAACAAUUAUAAAUUCGAUAAUAUCAAUAUGUUGUUUCAUUUGUAGCGCUAUUUACAAUUUAUGACUUGGAUCAAUAGAUGAUUAAUCAGAUACAUUAAGAAUGAGAGUUUUGGUGUUUGUAAAUAAAAAUGUAAACAAUGUUUCAUAAUUUUGCUUAGUAUAUUGUAAUGUACUUUUUUGUUAACUGGCACAUAUUUUUAACUUGUUUUCAUGCUAAUUCAACAUAAAUCAUUAAAAAUGAGAUAAAUAAAAAUAUAAAUGCUCAAA